UUUUUGGCGCUCGCGCAGCAGCAACAUUCUGCACCACACGCGGGUGAGAAGAGAACGAAGUUGCUUGCUCCUUUUCCGUCGUUCAUUCUACAUCAGCUUUUUAUUGAUUUGCAAGAUGAAAACCUCCUCCCCUCUUGUUUCGCAGCCAAACAUGGGUAAAAAGCAGAAUGGCAAAGGGAAGAAGGAGGUGCUGGAGGCAGAGCCGCCAGAGGAGUAUGUUGUGGAGAAGGUGAUGGACCAGCGCAUUGUCAACGGGAAGGUGGAAUUCUUCCUCAAGUGGAAGGGAUUUACAGAAGCGGAUAACACUUGGGAGCCAGAGGAUAACCUGGAUUGUCCAGAGCUGAUCUCAGCUUUCUUGGAAGCACAGAAGACCGUGGUGGAGAAUCCUGACUCCAACAAGAGGAAGUCUUCAACAGAUGAGCCAGAGACUGAGGGAAACAAAGCCAAGAAGAAGAAGGAUGUGAGUGACAAGCCGCGGGGCUUUGCCAGGAGCCUGGAUCCAGAGAGGAUAAUCGGUGCUACAGACAGCAGUGGAGAACUUAUGUUCUUGAUGAAGUGGAAAGACUCAGAUGAGGCGGACCUGGUCCCGGCCCGCGAGGCCAACACCCGCUGCCCUCAGGUGGUCAUCUCCUUCUACGAGGAGAGGCUGACCUGGCACUCCUGUCCCGAGGACGAGGCCCAAUAGCACCCCUUCCUCAGCCAACUGACAUCCCUUGUGGCCUCCCCCCCUGACCUUCGACCAUGUCCCUGUUCCUGCCUCUCAGGACUGUUCAUGUCUCCACUUUUUUGUUGUCAUUUCCAGCAUGUUUAGCCAUAGUAUUAGUGCAGAGCAGUCAGGUGAAAGUCUGUGCUUUUGUACACAUUUUUAGUGAUAGGAUGAUAUUUACUGGGAAUAAGACCAGUGAGGAGAAAUGGAUGGGUGAUUUGUCGCUUUUUAAUGAACCUAUUCCUCAUCCAGUACUGGUAGGGACUGGUUCCUCAACUGAUAUGUAGUUACUGUUGGAAUGUACACCAUGUAUAAUCCAUGUAGUUUGGCAUCUUCUCCCUCACAUUCAGCUAGUUUAUUUUUUUCAUCUCCCCACGUUGCAUACUUGAAUCCUUUGAACAGUAUGUCUUUUGCUGUAUAUUCACUUUGUAAAUAUUUUUUCAAAAAGCUGUUCAAUAAAGGUUUAUAUGCUUCAUUUUA